CUUUUCUCGGCGGUUUACACUGUUCAACGUUUUAUCAAAAUGCAACAACUUGCUGCUGAGUUUUUCUAAAAGGGAGUUGUAUUUCCUUUCCUCUUCUUUGACGUGAAAUCAAGUUUUUGGACGCAAAUAUAAGGAGAGUUUUACGCGAGGGGGGACUUCAACAUCGGCAGCUUUUGUUGUGUUUUCCCCCAAUGACACAAGGAAUAUUUUUCUGCAGGGGGAGUUACAAUCUGUGCGUUUAUGACUUUAAAUAGGCGGAAUGUUUUUACGGAUUUUCCUUGGCUCGUAAUUAUGAGCGCCCUCAUUGUCCUGCGCGCACCUUCAGUCCAUAUGGCGGAAAACGUGUUCCGCGCUGAAUAAAGUCAAGACACUUUGAAAGCUCGCGAACCCAACUGGACUGUGCUGCUGUUCCCAAAAACCGUGCACGGGAGCUGAACUGCCCAUGCCAUGUGAAUUUUCUCCGCCAUGGCAUUUCAGCGGAAGUAGCCUUCAAAGUGGAAGAUGGCUUUUUACUUUCCCCCAGAAUAAUCCCCCUCCGUGCCUAAUGGCACAGUGACAGUGAAACGCUCAGCUUCUUGCAAAGGUUAAAUAUGACUGCAGCAGCAGGUGUGCUAACAGGCUUGGCAAAGCUAAAACGCCAAGACUCCUCCCGCUCUCAGCACCGGCCCUUACCGACUUCACCAGGCCUGGGAGGCUCCCAAGAGCCUGCACCGAGAAAACGGAAACGGCGCACCGAUGUUGUGGUAGUACGUGGUAGGCUCCGCCUCUACUCCGCCUCCGGGUUUUUCCUCUUCCUGGGACUGGUGGUCUUGGCCGUAGGGAUCGGCAUGGCAACGCUGGGUUACUGGCCCCACAGUGAAACGCUGGCCUCAGCGAAAUCGCCAACUGGAGGAGGAUUAAAGACAGCUGAAGGAACUAAAACAUCUGCCACACUGGAAGGACAUGCAGCCGAGAUGGUCACAGACGAGGAGGUGGCAAACUCCAGCACCAAUCAUGUGCAGGAUACUCCCUCCAAGCAGACUGGGAGCGCACUGAGGCGGUUCCUGGAGCAGCACCGCCACUCUGAGAGGAUGAAGAUGUUCGGGCCCUUCACUAUGGGCAUUGGGAUUUUCAUCUUCAUCUGUGCUAAUGCCAUUCUUCAUGAAAACAGAGACAGAGAAACGAAGAUAAUCCAUAUGAGAGACAUGUACUCCACCGUCAUUGACAUUCACCGCCUCAGGCAGAAGGAGCAGAAACAACGCUAUCACCGCAACAGCACCAGCACCUAUGCAAGAGAAGUUGGGGAUCUUCGAGCUUUUGGAGUCGAUAACGCAGCGCGGUUGGCCAGCACCUCCCCCCUCGCGUUCUCCUCUCGGACCGGAGGCGGCGCGGGAGGGGGAGGGUCUACGGAAGAAGAGGAGGUGCUGUUAGGGGACGAGGAGUUUCACAGAUACAGGGGGCAGGCUAAGUUGGAUUGUAGCUUUGCGGGGCUGCUGGCGCCGCUCUACAAGGACCGAUCCUUCAGCGGCCCGGGGUUCGGCUUGGCUCGCUCCGAUUCCAUACGCCACCAGUGGUCGGUGGACGGAGACGGGGAGAAGGGAGGUCACCAUGCACGCUCUAUUGUCUCCUCCUCUAUUUCUGCAUUUACUCUCCCUGUUAUAAAACUCAACAACUGCGUUAUCGACGAACCGGAGAUGGAGGCGAUCACUGAGGAGGAGCGAGGAGGAGAGAGGAGGGACGGGCAGAAGUCCCAGCCGCUGAGCUCCAUGGAGUCUCUGGUGGUCCCUGUAGCGUGUGUUGCCAAGGCCUCCAAACCGCCGGGCUUACACCGGAGUAACUCCGCCUCCUCUUCGUCACACUGCUCCUCUGUCUCCUCCUGCUCCCUCUCACCUGCUCCCUCCUCUACCUCAGGGUGCUGGCUCUCCCCGGGAGCAGCAAGGAGUGACUUUGGCUCCAACUCCUCCUUGCACAUGCUUGGCAGCCACUCGAAAUCUUUGGACCUGGAGCGCGGGCCGAGCAUGCUCAGCGUGCACCCGGAGCAGCGGAAGCACCCCAGCUGGCCCCGCCUCGACCGUAGCAACAGCAGCCGUAGUAACAGUGGCACUCGGGGCAGCAGUAAAGGCUACAUGCGGCUGGAGGACAGGGAGGAGCAAGGGGAGCGGCUGUUGGACGCCUCCGCCACACUGAGGCGUGACUACAGUAAACGGGAGAAGCUGCUAAUGAUAUCCAGGUCGCACAAUAAUCUGAGCUUUGAGCAUGAUGAGUUUAACAGCAGCACACUGAAGAGGGGCAGCUCUGAGACUCGGUUCUGAAAAACUGAGCGGAAGGUUGAAGACAGUUCUGUCCUGUUCUGUAAAUUGCUCUCUGGACUCUAUGAGUGUACAGUGUGUUUGCAUCAGGGGGAAACUGAUGAGUUUAACAGCUGCACCCUGGUGAGAGGAAACCAAAACAUGGUUUCACAGA